AUGAGGUGGCACACCUUCAAGUCGGAGACAUUGACCUACUUCGUGGAGAAGAAGGUGGAGGGCCACUACAAGGAGCGAGCGAGUGCGUCCUCGACGCAGACACAGGAGCUGAUUGUGCAGGGUGGGUUCGGAGACGAAUCCAUGACUAUGGAUGUGGAUACAACGCUUUUGCAACCCCAAGGCCCAGCAAAUGCUGGCACCAAUCUUCCGAAGAUUUUGACCUGCCUUUCCCGUCGCUCAGAGAAGAUCACGGAGACACAAGAUGAGCUCGCUGAGCACAAAAAGGUGCUUAUGGCGAAAGGCAAGCUGACGACGACAGUGGACCGGAUGGACGCGAAGCUUACGGAGAUGUUCAACAACCUGGAAACCAAAUCGGCACAGGUCGAGGAUUUGCACAUGAGUGGAGUCGUCGAAGGCUACGAUUC